AUGCUGGAUGCGAGGUUCAGGGGUCUGUCGCAGUCACACAGAGCAGUCAAGGAAGGCAAUUUGCACCAAAUCAAUUCCAUGAGAAAAUCUGGGAUGCGGGUGCCGACGAUUUUCCGCGCCUUUGCCAAUCAGUUAGGAGAAUUUGAGACUGUUGGGUUCGAGAUAAAGAACAUAUAUAAUACGAUAGAGAAGCAAAGGCGGGCUGGCGCGACAGAUGCUGAGGCCACGUUAAAGUUCUUGGAAACUCUAAGGACCACUGAUUCUGGGAUGUUCUGGAAGUACUCGCUGGAUGUUGACAAGAGGCUGGAACAUCUCUUCUGGUGCGAUGGUACAGGUCGUUAUGACUACAACGUGUUCGGAGAUGUCCUGGGAUUUGAUGCAAGGUACGGUCGUAACAAAUACAAGUGCCCUUUGGUAAUAUUCUUAGGGGUGGACCAUCAUAUGAGGACGGUGGUGUUCGGCUGCGCCAUCUUGAGCAACGAGAGCGAAGGAAGCUAUGUGUGGUUGUUACGGGCAUUUCUUGAGACAAUGAAAGGAAAACAGCCGAAGUUUGUUAUCACGGACGAGGACCUCACCAUGAGGAGUGCGGUUAGUACAGUUUUCCCCGGUGCACAUAAGAGAUUGUGUAGCUGGCAUUUGUUAAGGAAUGCCACUGCUAGAGUUGGACGGCUGGGUUUUCUUAGGAAAUUCCGUCGCUUAAUGGGAGAUCUAGAGGUUGACGAAUUUGAGAGAAUAUGGACGGACAGCGUGGCAGACCACGGGUUGGAGGAUCAUCCGCGGAUAGCGGAGAUGUAUGCAAAGAAGCAUUCAUGGUCUAAUGCGCAUAUCCGGGGGAAAUUCUUCACAAGACUGAAGACGACAUCGAGGUGCGAGGCCUUGAAUAUGCAGCUUGAAAAAUUUAUACACAACGGGUACAAUCUGAGGGAGUUUGUGGAGCACUUCCAACACUAUCUGAAAUUCAUGAGGAGAAGAGAACUAGUGGCAGACUACAAGUCUGCGUACGACGAGCCUGUUGUAAAAACAAAACUCAAAGCCAUUGAGCAGUUCGCUGCGACGGUUUAUAUAAGAGAGGUUUUUGAACUGUUUCGGGAGGUGCUGAUGCUAGCCAGCAAUGCUAGAGUCGUGUCCACCAAGAGGACGAGCGCUUGUGUUUUGUUCGAGGUUGCAAUGUACUGCAAGCAGAGAUCAUGGGUCGUGUCGUGGGCCGAGGAAGACGACGAAUUCAGUUGCUCUUGUCAGCGGAUGGAGUCCUUCGGACUUCCUUGUAUCCACAUGGUUGGGGUUCUAGUUUAUCUAAACAUAACAGCUAUCCCUAGAAGCCUAAUACUUGAACUAUGGACAAAGAGGGCAAAGCAGCCGUGUGCACCCAGCGAUGGAACACGUGUUGGGGAGAUCCCAGACGCGGCAUACAUGAGCAUGCACGCGGCAAUGUUGGAUGAUUGCAGGGAGCUGGUUAACCUGUCUUGCCGGUUCUUCGAGGACUACGUGGACUUUAAAACAAGGUUGGCAAAUGAGUGCCAAUCCCUGCGGGACAAACGUCGCCAAAGGCUGGGUGUUGCUGAGGAGGCCAGCAGGGUAUCUGUUCUGGACCCGUUGCGGGUAAGGUACAAAGGAUGCGGUCGAAGAGUUGUCACCUCCCAGGGUAUGUUCUGCCGUGUUCAAAGGUGUCGACUGUGUGGAAAGGGUGGACACGAUUCUCGCAAGUGUCAACAAUCAAGUAUGGGGAAGAACAUCGAAAGUUUUGAGGCUGGCGCAGCUUACGAUAGCAUGGAAGCAGGAGAUAGGGGUGAGGACUACUACGAAUUUGAGUGA